AAUGAGUUGUCUUUGACUCUUUCUCCGACUCAAUCCCUGAUCUCUUCUCUGCCAUGAAAAAUCUGGAAUAAUAAGUUCCCACUUCUUUCUUUUGGGUUUCGUUUCCUUCAAAUUAUACAACCUCAAAAUGUGGGUUAAACUUACAAAUAUUUCUUCAAUUCUCUCCCAUCUGCUUAUCAGCAUCAGUCUUGUUGAGGCUUUCAUAAGAUGCUUCGACACUGGUAAUUUCACCAUAAAUAGUACCUAUGGUAAAAAUCGGGACCUUAUUCUUGCUUCUCUCCCACCGAAUGUCUCUGCAAAAGGUGGUUUCUUCACUGCCAAUGUUGGCCAAAACGCCUACAAAGUUUACGCUCUUGGUAUGUGCAGAGGAGACUCUAGUCCUGACGAUUGUUAUAAAUGUGUCAAUUCUACAAUCCACGACCUCAUAGCUAACUGUCCCAACCAGAAGGAAGCCCUUUCAUGGGAAGGGCAACCAUGUCAUGUACACUAUGCAGAUCGCUCGUUUUAUGGAACCCUGGAGGAGCUAGGAAACCCUGAGGCAGGCUAUAAUACGGGCGACAUCAAAUCUAACGUAACAGAAUUUGAUACGGUUUGGGAGAGUUUGAUGGACACAGUGGUGAGAAACGCUUCCAACGGCUCUUCUACUCUUAAGUAUGCAACCGGGGAAACAGACUUUACAGUAUUCCAAAAGAUAUAUGCGCUAAUGCAGUGCACUCCAGAUUUAUCACACGAGGAUUGUGAUUCCUGCCUAAGGCAAUCCGUGAGUAACUAUGAAAGCUGUUGCCAUGGGAAGCAAGGAGGUUAUGUUACGAGGCCUAGCUGUUAUUUCCGCUGGGAUUUGUAUCCUUUCUAUACACCCAAUGACUCUACUACAGCCCCAUCCUUAUAUCCUCCACCCUCACCUGUUAGUCCUCCACCCCCAGCUGCUAGUCCUCCGCCACAGUCGGUGAACACAAUCAAAAAAGAGGAAGGUGGCCACCGUUCAUCCCAGACCCUAGUCAUUAUCAUUGUUCCAAUUGUCAUCUUGGUGGCAGUACUUGUCAUACUUGCAGUAGCUAUUCUCCGUAAAAGGAUCGCGAAACCCAAGCAGGAUGAUCAAAAUGCCAAGACCCGUGUAGAAUCGUUGCAGUUUGACUUUGAUGCAGUAAGAGUUGCAACAGAAGACUUCUCGGAUGCAAACAUACUGGGACGAGGUGGAUUUGGUCCUGUUUAUAAGGGUAAGCUUGAGGAUGGACGGCAAGUAGCUAUAAAGAGGCUGUCUGAAAAUUCGGGACAAGGACAACAAGAAUUCAAGAAUGAAGUGAUGUUAUUGGCGAAGCUACAACACAGGAAUUUGGUUAGGCUUCUUGGUUUUAGCUUGGAACAAAAAGAAAGGGUUCUCAUCUAUGAGUUUCUGCCUAACUCAAGCCUUGACAACUUUAUAUUCGAUUCAGUAAAGCGUUCGCUACUAAGCUGGACGAAGAGGUACAAAAUUAUAAACGGAAUAGCUAAGGGACUUCUUUAUCUUCAUGAAGAUUCUCAAUACCGAAUCAUCCAUCGCGACUUAAAAACAGCCAACAUAUUGUUAGAUGAAGAGAUGAAUCCUAAAAUCUCAGAUUUUGGAAUGGCGAAAUUGUUUACGGUUGAUCAAACUCGAGCUGAUACAAGCAAAGUCGUUGGGACCUAUGGAUACAUGGCUCCUGAGUAUGCAUGGCAUGGACAAUAUUCAGUUAAAUCCGAUGUUUACAGCUUUGGAGUGUUGGUUUUGGAAAUCAUUAGUGGUAAAAAAAUCAGUAGCUUCUCCAACCAAGAAGUGGGAGACUCUCUUCUAACCCAUGUAUGGAGAAACUGGAGUGAAGGAACUGCUUUAGAAGUAGUAGAUCCAAUCCUGAGGGAUUGCUCCAGAAUUGAAAUAAUGAGAUGUAUCCAUCUUGGGUUGCUUUGUGUUCAAGACAAUAUUGCUUACAGACCAACCAUGGCCUCUGUGGUUCUCAUGCUUGGUAGCUAUUCCAUGUCUCUUCCAGUGCCAUCGAGACCUGCAUUUUCCAUGCAUUCCACCAUGGAGACAGAAACGAAGUCUCAGUCAUCCUCACUCUCCAAUCAAUCUAAACGAGAAACCGUUCAAGUCUCAGUCAAUGAAGCUUCCAUUUCUGAACUAGAUCCUCGAUGAAGUUCGAAGAUGGGUACUUACUAAGUACUUGCAUUGCAUAUUUUCUGUAUCUUUGCCUAGAAAUUCAGAAAUUCUUUGGUACAUGUAUACAUAGCAAUAAUAAACAAAGAAGCUUCCAUUUAGGACACUAAAAAUAGAAAAUUGGAUUCACCUUUACUCAGAUGGUGCGGUUAAGGUUGUCUCAGGAGAUGCUGUUGCCGGGGGAAUGAUCAGAGACGAUUAAAGUAGGUGGAUAUUUGGAUUUAACGGAAGGUUGGGUCAAUGUUGAACUAUGAGGUAUUCUAGAUUGUUUGCUUCUAUUACAAAAUAGGAGUUGUGAUAAAGUGUUGAUCAGAACGGACAGCAUGGAAAUUCUUCAAACCAUUUAGGAUACAUUCACAUCAACAUUGUUUUUAGCUCUUAUAUGACGCAUUCUCCUGCUAUUGCAGGAAGUAACUCAAUGGAAUCUUGAGUAUAUUCCUAGAGAAGAAAACUCAAAAGCAGACUCCACCAAGAUAGCCUUUGAAAGAAAUGAAGGCUCACAUUUAUUUACAGAAAAUCCAUUGGAGAUUACUAGAUAAUUGUACUUAUUUAUUUAGUUUUUUAUCAAAAAAUAGAAAUAAAAUUAAGGAAAGAAACCGUUCAUUUA